AUGGACUACUAUCAGCAGUAUACAGAAUUUGUUGCUAAGAAUGGUCAGUUUUGCCUAUUCGAUGGAUCAUUAGGUGUUAAACCUAUUAAUAGUGGUACUAAGGUGCUAGUAUUGGAUUCAUCAUAUAAUCCACCACAUUUGGCUCAUUUCACAUUAGUAAAGAAUGCAAUAGAAUUUUAUGGACACCGCGGUUUUUCUAAUUUCCAUGUUCUUCUAUUACUUGCUACAAACAAUGCAGACAAGAGACCAAAGCCCGCCACAUUUGACAAAAGAAUGGCAAUGAUGAAACGAUUUGCCGAUUUCAUUUCAAUACAAAACUGGAAUGGAAUGCAAGUGGGUGUGUCAUGUGCUCUCACAACUCAUGGUAAAUUUGUGGAUAAAUUGGUUGAUAUUUCUAAACUUAUCAAUUUCGGAAUUGAGAUGCCAGUGAUCACUUUUUUAGUUGGGUUUGAUACUUUGAUUAGAAUUUUCAAUCCUGUAUAUUAUGAACCAGUAUCAGUUGCAGAGGCUUUAAGAUCAUUCAUGGAAUCUGUCGAGUUUUGUUGUUUAAGAAGAGAGGAUGGUAAGUAUACAUUGGAUUUUCAAGAAGAUUAUAUUAAUAAAAUUAUCAAUGGUGAGGAAGAGCCCCAAAUUCCAUCAAAUUGGGGUGAAAAAAUACAUAUACUGAGUUUCAAUGAAUCAGUUAAAAACAUAUCCUCCUCUAUGGUGAGGGAUGUUGUUAACAACAAAGGUAGUGAUGCUAUAGAUCUUAAAGACAGUAUUCCCAUGGUUAUAGUCGAAUAUAUAAAGCAAAAUCCCAGUUUAUUUAAAAAUGAUAUUGAAGAAUAG